UUUAGAAGACUCGAAAAAAGGGUGAAUUCAAAUCGCGUCAAUGCAGUCGCACAACAGGAAUUUGGACCUCCUGAUUUGAAAGCUCAACAAGCGGGAGAUAUAACGUUGAAGGCUAGAGCCCAACCCGACUUGCCGCAUCAAAAUGCAGCGGCAGCAGCAGCCUCAAGACAUCGCUACUCAACCGACCAACACCGAACACCCCUCUCAAAAUCAGUCAGUACCAUAACUAAACUCUAA